AUGUUACUCCCACACCUUAAGCGACUGGAAAUUGAGCUGGGCACUUUCCUUGAGAAGGAUGUCGUGACAUCCUCUCAGAUUCCGGGAGUGGAAGAGUUGCACAUUUGGGGUAUUACGGAGGAUAUAACCAUAGGCUCAUCACACAGUCUAGUAAAUUGGCAUAUCAAGAGGCUAAAGCUGUCCGGCGAUUCUGCUCGCGUUCUUCGCUUACUGAGCUGCUUAAACAAUCUCUACAAACCACGGGCACUUGCGCUCACAUUGAGCUCCAGCAGGACUCGCAAAUCGGCUUUCGAGGACGCCUUUCCGGACAACUUGCUUUGCAAUGUCGAGUCGCUCGAAAUCUCCUUCGACUCUAGGGCAUGUCGCGAUCAAGAACUAGCUUUACAUCUCACAAAUAUUAUCUGCAGAAUGGCUCGUGAUUCGAGCUGCCUGCUUAAGAUACACCAAUCCCCAUCGAAUCACAUCUUUUUACCUGUCAAGCCUAUCUCAUGUCAUCUUUCUAUUGAAUGCGAAGAGACUGCAUUCCAGGGACAGGCCGGGUUUUCACAACUGCCUCCUCACUGGCCCACAUUCGAACAGGUUCAGAUGGCGGUCCAGCAUACUCACCAACAUAUUGCCUUGCAGCUCUUGUCCCAUAGCAGGACAUUCACAUUCACUACCUCAUCCGAGUUCGAAGAGUGCGUUGGUCCAACAAAUUGGCCGCCUUCCAUCACGUCUAUCGACCUCAAUAACUCGUGCUUUCGGUUUGAUGAUUCUACUCAUGGGCUGUCUCCUGGGAGGAACUCGCGAAAUAGCCUCGGACGAACUAUAUUUCACUCCCUCGCAAAGAUACGAUGCACAGUCUCCGCGGUGGUUACACUUAUGGCGCGCCAGGCCCUCCCGGUCAUCGAGGAUAUCACCAUCGUUGCUGAGACGGAUGCCGAUAUACUCUCGUUCUACUCGGAUUAUUGA